AUGGUCACCACUCGCUCUGCCUCGCGCACGCCGCGCAAGUCUAGAGGUCGCGUCUCGUUCCCUUCCGACUCGGUCGACAACUCUCCGGCCCCUGCCACCCCGACGCCCGCUCCGCGUUCCAACUCGUCGCGCAGCUCGCCCACCAAAAAGUCGUCCUCCUCCUCCUCGUCCACCCCGGCCUCGCCCGCAGUGCGCCGACGAAAGUCCUCCGUCAUGAGCCAAAAGUCGCUCUCCAAGGAGCAGCUCGGUCCCAAGACCACCCACUACGAGUUCGCAGGCCCGCUCGGUGCCGCCUUUGUCUCGCUUACCGUGCCCUUCUUCUCCUACUACCUCUACUUUGGAUGCUCCGAGAAGCUCGGCUGCGACCUCAGGCUACCCAUCGACAACCCCGAUGCCAUCCGCACCCUCCUGGUCCAGGGUGUCAAGGACAGCCUCUUUGACACCACCGGCUGGUCCAUCUACGCCGCCUGGUACGCCUUCACCGUGAUCGCCUGGCUCGUCCUCCCCGGCAAGGACUUUGAGGGAACCGAGCUGCGCACCGGCCAGCGCCUCCACUACAAGCUCAAUGCCUUUGCCACCUUUGUCGUCGCCAUGGCCGCCUCCGCCGCCUGGAUCUUCGUCAAGGGCGCCGACUCCUUCACCAUCUUCUACCAGCACUGGCCCGGCCUCGUCUCGGCCGCGCUCUUCAACUCGUUCGCCCAGGCGGUCUACUGCUACCUCGUCUCGUUCGGAGACGGCAAGCUGCUUGCCCUCGGCGGCAACUCGGGCAACGUGCUCUACGACUGGUUCAUCGGACGCGAGCUCAACCCUCGCAUCGGCUCGUUCGACAUCAAGUCGUUCAACGAGCUCCGUCCGGGCCUCAUCCUCUGGGCCAUCCUCGACAUCAGCUGCGCCUGCCACCAGUACAUCCAGCUGCGCGGUCGCAUCACCGACUCCAUGGCCCUCGUCUGCGCAUUCCACCUCUGGUACGUCGCCGACGCCCUCUUCAUGGAGUCGGCCAUCUUCUCCACCAUGGACAUCACCACCGACGGCUUCGGAUUCAUGCUCUCCGUCGGCGACCUCGUGUGGGUGCCUUUCGUCUACAGCCUCCAGGCGCGCUACCUCGCCUUCCGCCCCGUCCACCUCGGCAUCGCCGGCACCGCCGCCAUCAUCGCCGUCAACCUCGCCGGCUACUACAUCUUCCGCGAGGCCAACUCCGAGAAGAAUCAGUUCCGCAACGGCACCAACCCCAAGAACCUCAAGUACAUGACCACCGCCUCCGGCCGCAAGCUCCUCACCUCGGGCUGGUGGGGCCGUUCGCGCCACCCCAACUACCUCGGCGACUGGACCAUGGCGUGGGCCUGGUCGCUCCCCUGCGGCUUUGCCACCCCCAUCCCUUACUUCUACGUCGCCUACUUUGCCGUCCUCCUCGUGCACCGUCAGCUCCGCGACGACGAGGCCUGCCAGAAGAAGUACGGCAAGGACUGGGAUAAGUACUGCAAGCUCGUCCGCAGCCGCAUCAUCCCGGGCAUCUACUGA